AUGGCACCGCCCAAACUGGAGCCCCGCGCGCGCAAGCGCCGCUCGCCCCGCGACCCCGAGGUUCAGCUGUACUCUGUGCGCAAACACGAGCGCAACAGCUUCUGGGAUCGGGAGCGGGCCCCGAAGCCGAACUCCAACUCGUCGCGCACUCCGAAGCCGAGCUCCAACUCGUCGCGCAUCAGUCUCUUCGACUCGAUUGGCGAGAGCUACAUGAGAAACGCACGAGAGACCAUAAAAGAAGCUGCAAGCGAGACCAGAGGCGGCACGCAGGGCAGUGGAUCAUCCCGCCAUUCGUCCUCCCGCUACUCCGGCUCUAGUCGCGUCUCCGCUGGCAUUCCAUUGCGCCCGGCACAGCGCGCUGAACCAUGCCACCACGACCACCACAGCGACGACUAUGCUGACCCCCAGCCCUACUCGCAUUACCCUCAUAGCCCCAUCUACCAUAUCCGAGGCAAAUACAACUUCAUCGCGCACCCGGACUCCGUCCCUUCUUACAUGAUCGGGUCGGGCCAGCCGGCUGACUUGCUGCGCCGCGUGAGAAUGACGGAUUCGUACGACGCAGAGGUGAGUGGUGGGGACGGUUACGGUUAUGCUGGGAGGGAGAGUGGUAGGGACUCGCACCGUAGAGACUCACACAGCAGGGUUUCACGCGGCAGAGACUCUUCCGUCAAGGACUCGUACGACAUAGGCCCUUACCACGUAGAGAAGAGCCAUCGUUCAGGAAGGGCGAGCAGCACGACUUACGAUGGGGCGGCGAACUCUCACGGUACAAAGACGGAGCCACGCAAGGGUAAGCUUCAGAAACAGAAGCGAGAGGGUAGUGCGGCUGGCAGCAAGAUUGAUGAAGAAAUUGUGGAAGGGGAGGGAAUGGGCGCCGAUCGUCCUCUGGUGACACGGGGCCGGACUUGGUUGGACAGAGGAGGGCGGCGGGGGAAGCAGCAGCAGCAGCAGGAGCCGGUGGCGGAGAAGAAGGAUGAGACGAAGGAUGAGAAAGCGGGAUCUGUGCAGAAGGAGCCGGAGCAGUCUGCGCAGACGGCUUGGCCGCUGGGUGGGCAGGAUGAGAUGAAGAACGAAGAGAAGAAAGAUGAAGAGAAGAAGGAUGAUGACAAGAACGACGAAGCGAAGAAGGACGAAGAUAAGAAUGACGGGUGGAAACAGGACGACGACAAGAAAUACGAUGACAAGAAAGCGGACGAUUCUUGGAACCAGGACGAGACGUCGAAGGACGACAAGUCUCAGGACUUAAUUCCGCUCUGGUAGUAAGACGAGCCGCCACCCGAGCCGAAAGAAGAGGAAACAAAAAAAAAAAAAAAAAAAGCUUGGACAGCUGAAGCCCGGUCUCCUUUCUCACUCUCAAUCCAAGGCUCCGUCAGCACGCUAGCACUGCCAUCGAACAUGAUAGCGCCAACUCCUUCGGCUGCAUCAACCACCAAAGUCCAAAAAUCUUUCUAUCCA